CAUGGAAUGGAGGAUGAUGAUGAUGAUGAAGCCCUGGAGCUCGCUCUCUGCCCCAAAACCCCAGCUUAAAUCUCAAUUCUAGGGUUUUGUCAAUCUCCAUUCCCGCUUUGUUCCUCCUCGAAUCCUUGAUUUAUGGCCACUCUCCCUAGUUCCUCCUUCCUCAAUCUCAACUUCGGAUUUCGUACUCUGCUUCCCCGCAGAGGCUUCUCCCAGGGGAGAGUUCGAGGUUUGAACAAUCUUUGCUUUCUUUGCAAGAAAAAAAGGGAAAUUUGGGGGAGCAAUAGGCGUUUGGACAGGAUUAAAUGCUUUUCGAUCAAUGGGAAUGAUGAGGGAGAUGAGAAGAGGCCGGCGCCAGCACAAGAAGAGCCGGAACAGAGGCCGGGUGGUGAUGAUCUGAAAUCGGAGAGGAAUACUCCUGCAUCUGUUUCUCCCAGGCCUCCUGGCAUUCCUUCAGAGGGACAAACAUUCAGUAGCUUUCAGAUUGAUUCGUUUAAAUUGAUGGAGCUCCUUGGACCUGAGAAGGUAGACCCAUCUGAUGUUAAGCUUAUCAAAGAUAAGCUCUUUGGUUACGCUACUUUCUGGUUGACAAGAGAGGAACCAUUUGGUGACCUUGGUGAAGGCAUUCUUUUUCUGGGCAAUCUUCGAGGAAAGAAAGAGGAAGUUUUCGCCAAGCUUCAACGCCUGCUUACUGAAGUCACGGGGAACAAAUACAAUCUAUUUAUGGUUGAAGAACCUAAUUCAGAAGGGCCAGAUCCACGUGGUGGGCCACGUGUAAGUUUUGGUUUACUACGGAAAGAAGUUUCUGAGCCGGGACCCACUACUCUUUGGCAAUAUGUUAUUGCUCUACUUCUUUUCGUCCUCACCAUUGGUUCUUGUGUAGAACUUGGAAUUGCAUCUCAGUUAACCAGUCUCCCACCAGAGAUGGUGAAGUAUUUUACAGAUCCAAAUGCUACCCAACCACCUGAUAUGCAGCUUCUAUUCCCAUUUGUGGAAACUGCUUUACCAUUGGCGUAUGGUGUCUUGGGGGUUCAGCUAUUCCAUGAAGUUGGACAUUUUCUGGCAGCAUUUCCAAAGAAAGUGAAAUUAAGCAUUCCUUACUUCAUUCCAAACAUUACUCUUGGCAGUUUUGGUGCAAUCACACAGUUCAAAUCUAUUCUUCCUGAUCGAAGGACUAUGGUUGACAUAUCAAUGGCGGGUCCAUUGGCUGGUGCUGUAUUAUCCUUUUCGAUGUUUUUUGUCGGGCUGCUGCUCUCAUCUAAUCCAGUUGCUGCAGGAGACUUAGUUCAGGUCCCCAGUAUGCUAUUCCAGGGUUCUCUACUUCUUGGACUUAUUAGCAGAGCUACACUUGGAUACACAGCUAUGCAUGCUGCUACUGUUUCAAUCCACCCUCUUGUGAUUGCUGGCUGGUGUGGUCUAACCACGUCGGCUUUUAAUAUGCUUCCUGUGGGAUGCCUUGACGGUGGAAGAGCCAUUCAGGGUGCUUUUGGGAAAAAUGCCCUAUUUGGAUUUGGAUUAACGACAUAUUCAUUGCUUGGAUUUGGAGUGCUUGGCGGACCGCUUUCGCUUCCAUGGGGUUUAUAUGUGCUGAUUUGCCAGAGAACUCCUGAGAAACCUUGCUUGAAUGAUGUGUCGGAGGUCGGAGGAUGGAGAAGAACAGCAGUGACAAUAGCAGUUUUUCUGGUGGUAUUGACACUUCUUCCUUUGUGGGAUGAGCUUGCAGAGGAGCUUGGAGUAGGACUUGUUACUUCCUUUUGAGAGGAUGUUUCAUUGCUACAUUAAUUCAAUGUCAGGCUGAUACGUAAAUCAAGUUUUGCAUUCAUUCAAUUCUUCAUGGUUGAAUUUUUGUUUUUUUACAUUAUAUGAAAGGCUUUUUUUUUA